AGGCCACGAUGCUGAGGAAACCUGUUCUCAGGGAGGGUCUGAGUUGGCAGGGCCCCCAGCUCCCGACCUCUUCUGGCAUUUUCUGCCUCUGCCUCGCAUUCUUGUUGGACCGGGUGGGCUUGCUGCAGGGGCACCCCCAGUGCCUGGAUUACGGCCCCCCCUUCCGGCCCCCACUGCACCUCAAGUUUUGCUCUGACUAUGAGUCCUUCGGCUGCUGUGACCAGCGUAAGGACCGCCGCAUUGCUGCUCGGUACGGAGACAUCAUGAACUACCUUGACCUGAAGGACCAUGAGCUGUGUGGCCGUUACAUUAAAGACAUCCUGUGCCAGGAGUGCUCGCCGUACGCAGCCCAUCUCUACGAUGCUGAGAACCCUCAGACACCGCUCAGGAACCUUCCAGGCCUCUGCUCUGACUACUGCUCCACAUUUCACUCCAACUGCCACUCUGCCAUCUCCCUGCUGACCAGUGACCAUCGCCUCCGGGAGUCCCAUGAAAGAGAUGGCGCCCACUUCUGCCACCUCCUCAACCUUCCUGACCAGGACUAUUGCUUCCCUAACGUCCUGAGGAAUGACCAUCUCAACCGCAACCUGGGUGUGGUGGCCGAAGACCAUCAGGGCUGCCUACAGCUCUGCCUGACCGAGGUGGCCAAUGGGCUGAGGAACCCCGUCUCCAUGGUCCAUGCUGGGGACGGCACCCAUCGAUUCUUCGUGGCCGAGCAAGUGGGGGUGGUGUGGGCCUACCUGCCCGAUGGGAGUCGCCUGGAACAGCCCUUCUUGGACCUCAAGAGCAUCGUGUUGACCACUCCAUGGAUUGGGGAUGAGAGAGGCUUCUUGGGGCUGGCUUUUCAUCCCAAAUUCCGCCGUAACCGCAAGUUCUAUAUUUAUUAUUCGUGCCUGGGCAAGAAGAAAGUAGAAAAGAUCCGUAUUAGUCAGAUGAAGGUUUCCCAGGCUGACCCCAACAAAGCUGACCCAAAAUCAGAAAGGGUCAUCUUGGAGAUAGAAGAGCCAGCCUCCAACCAUAAUGGUGGACAACUUCUCUUUGGCCUGGAUGGUUAUCUGUACAUAUUCACCGGGGACGGAGGACAGGCUGGGGACCCUUUUGGCAAAUUUGGAAACGCUCAGAACAAAAGUUCCCUGCUGGGCAAAGUGCUAAGGAUCGACGUGAACGGGGCAGGCUCUGAUGGCAAGCGGUACCGGGUCCCCCUGGACAACCCCUUUGUCUCUGAGCCGGGGGCGCACCCCGCCAUCUACGCCUAUGGAAUCAGAAACACAUGGCGCUGUGCGGUGGACCGAGGGGACCCCGUCACGCGCCAGGGCCGAGGCCGGAUAUUCUGUGGGGACGUGGGACAGAACAGGUUUGAGGAAGUCAACAUCAUCGUGAAAGGCGGGAACUAUGGCUGGAGAGCAAAGGAGGGGUUCGAGUGUUACGACCAGAAGCUUUGUCACAAUGCUUCCCUGAAUGACAUUCUGCCAAUCUAUGCUUAUGGCCACUCACUGGGGAAGUCAGUCACCGGAGGUUAUGUCUACCGUGGGUGCGAAUCUCCAAAUCUCAAUGGCCUCUACAUCUUUGGGGACUUCAUGAGUGGUCGACUUAUGGCUUUGCAGGAAGAUAGGAAAACCAACAAAUGGAAGAAGCGGGACGUUUGUCUGGGCAGCACUGAGGCCUGUGCCUUUCCCGGGCUGAUCAGCACCUACAGCAAGUUCAUCAUCUCCUUUGCCGAAAACGAAGCGGGGGAGCUCUAUUUCCUGGCCACCUCUUACCCAAGUGCCUACGCCCCGCACGGAUCUGUUUACAAAUUUGUGGACCCGUCCAGACGAGCUCCCCCCGAGACAGUCUUGGACCUGCUAAAGGAGCAGUCAGAGAAAGCCACUGGAAAGUUCUCCAAUGUGACUUCAGCUUCCCGUCCAGACCCGGCCUCAGCUCAGAAAGGCUCCUCCAAAAAGCCAGCUCCUCCCACAAGAAGCAGGAAGCCGGCUCCAGGACCUGGUGCAGAGAAGGGAGCCCAAACGCGGUCCCCAGGCCCCCAGGGGAGGAAGAAGAAAAGCCGGAAACCCCGCAGUGGCCGGGUGACCCAGCCAGCACAGUGGGGGCGAGCUGGAAGAAGCCCUCCUUGGCCUUUUCUGUCAAGGUGGUCGACCAGGGCACCUGAGGGGGGAGAGCCACCCCACCACCAGGAACCUGCUGCUGCUAAACUGGGGCCUUAG